AUGGGGCUCGAGCGGGAGAAAGACGGCGGUUCAGCACUAAACAAUAGCGAAAUUGAUCUAGAGUGCGGCCCCGAGAUCCUGGAACGCGUUGUUCUGACUGUCAGUGGUCUCAAAUGUGGCUGUUGUGAGACCGGCAUAUCGAAAGCGCUGCGUCAAUAUCCAGCUGUCGCGAAUAGCCAAGUGAACAUAGUUCUCGCAAGGGUGGAAUUUGAUCUGGACGUCAGCCGUAGUUCUGUGCCUGCAGUUAUAUCUUAUCUGAGCAAAUCAACGGGAUACACUUAUGCAGUACAUGAACAACCUACCGGCCAAAUAUUAGAUCUGCUCGUUGCCGACCCCACGGAUAUUCAUCAUGCUGGAAGGCCUUACGGAUUCCCUUCUCUAAAGACGGUUCGAAUACAUUAUGACGCCAGCCGUAUUGGAGCACGCGAUGUUUUCGAAUACUAUCAACAUCUUGCUCCAAAUCAGGACAUACGACUUGCUCAAGCAGAACCCAGUGGUAGCUCUGCGGUCGGACUCGAGGAAACCAAACGGGCAUUCUCCCUUUUCAUUGUUACUCUUCUGAUGACAAUUCCAGUGCUUGUGUUUGCCUGGUCGCACACUCGCGGGAUCAUCUAUGAUCAUCUAUCUCUUGCUCUGGCAACUAUCGUUCAAGCUGUUGCCCUCGAAGAGUUUGUGCCUAGUGGCUUACGUACAUUGGUGCACUCGCACCUUUUCAACAUGGACCUCCUCAUAGCACUUAGUACAUCGAUGGCCUAUGUAUUUAGCGUCGUCUCGUACGCAUUCCUCAUCGCUGGACGGCCCCUCGAAAUCGGCUCAUUCUUUGAGACUUCCACCUUGUUAACUGUUCUUAUACUUCUUGGUCGUACAAUCAGCGAAUUCUCACGUCUCAAAGCAGCAAGAUUGGUUUCAGUAAGGUCUUUGCAAUCGAACUAUGCAUUGAUACUGGAACCGGGUGGACCUAUCGGACCCACGCGAGAGGUUCGCCAGAUCGAUGCUCGCCUGCUUCAAUAUUGUGAUAUAAUCAAUGUCCCACCACACACACGCAUUGUUACUGACGGGAAGGUACUAUAUGGUGGCUCCGAAGUAGAUGAGUCAAUGACUACAGGAGAGACUGUCCCUGUUGCGAAGGGGCUUGGUCAGUAUGUGCGUGCGGGCACGAUCAACGGCACUGGUCAACUCAUCGUGGCCAUAACGAAGCUUCCACAUGAGAACUCUAUCAGCACCAUAGCCAAGAUGGUUGAGGAUGCAGAAUUCACAAAACCUAAAAUUCAAGUACUUGCUGACCAAGUGGCUGAAUGGUUUGUCCCAGUCAUCUCCAUCAUCGGCAUUGUCGUUUUCCUAUUAUGGAUGUUUAUAAGUCACUUUCACUAUCACGAUGAUUGGCAACGCAGCACAAUGAUUGCAAUUACCUAUACCAUCGCCACUCUUAUAGUAUCCUGCCCAUGCGCCAUUGGACUUGCAGUACCUAUGGUUGUACUUAUUGCUGGCGGUGUCUCAGCACGAUAUGGAAUAAUUUUCAGAGAUCCACAGAAACUCGAAGUUGCCCGUGGCAUCACUGAUGUGGUAUUCGACAAGACUGGCACGCUCACAAGCGGUACUCUGCAGGUCAUAGAGGCAACUUUUCACAAUGAUCGUAGUGACCUUAAGGCUAUGAUAUCAGGACUUUUGGAGAACGACAAGCAUCCUGUUGCUCGCGGGGUUGUAAGCUGGUUGCGAGAUGAAACCUGGAAGGACGGCCAUAAUCGACUUUACCCAGUCACAAUGAGAGACAUCAAAAGCGCACCUGGAUGCGGUGUUAUGGGUGUGUGUGAGCUGAAUAACCUGGAGAUUCGCGCUGGCAAUCCAGAAUGGCUUGGGCUCUCCGUGCUCGACAAUCACGAUACCCAGCUUUGCAUUACCAUUGACGGAGAGCACAGCGCAACCUUUCGUCUUCGAGAUACUGUACGUCCAAACGCAAAUAGCGUCAUACAACGACUCCUUGAUCGCGGGCUCGUGGUACACAUGAUCAGUGGUGAUGGAGAAGGUGCUGUCAAUGACAUAGCCCACACCAUUGGCAUUCCUAAGUCUCAUACUCGAUGGAGGACCAAACCUGGAGACAAAAAAGAUUACAUCCACGAUAUCCAGUGCAAAGGUGGGGUGGUUCUGUUUUGUGGUGACGGAACCAAUGACUCGGUGGCCCUUAAACAGGCAGACGUUGGAGUACAUAUCAACCAGGGCUCCGAUGUUGCGAAAAGUGCCGCAGAUGUGAUCCUUAUGACCGCUCGCUUGUACGACAUCCUCAUUCUGCUCGACCUAUCUCAGGCUGCAUACACGCGAAUCAUGCUCAAUUUCGGUUGGUCCUUCAUAUACAACAUUCUAGCUGUUCUCAUGGCAGCUGGGGCUUUCGUAAAGUUCAGAAUUGAUCCGCGCUGGGCAGGUCUGGGUGAGCUUGUCAGUGUUGUUCCAGUGAUUAUCAUUGCAUUUCAGCUGCGAUGGAUUGAUUUCGCACAAGAAUAUAGGGGUAUGGAGUGGCGACAGGGAGAUGAGAAUUGAAC